AUGGAAGACUCCAAUCUGACCACGAUGACAGAGGUGUGCUGUGCGAGUGAGUUUGUUGCAAACGUUCUUCCACUCUACUGUGGUCCCUAUGUCAGAUUGCAAGUGGCGUCCAGUGACCGAGAAUAUACGGUGUCUAAAAGUCUUCUCUGUACCAUGUCGCCGUACUUCUCAGCACUGCUUGAGGGGCCAAUUCUAGAGACCCAACACAGUGUGUUCACUCUCCAAAAAGUUGAAGGCGUCGUUUCAGAUCAGAGCUUAGAGGCUCUGAUUCAGUGGUUGUACCUCCGUGCGGUAGUUUUCGCCGUGGAUGACCCUACAGAGCAGAUCUCCGCAGCAAUAGAGCUAGCAAGGCUGGCCGAUAUGUGUCGUAUCAGUGGGUUAGCAGCGCCCAUGGCCGAGUAUAUCCAAAAGGUUGUUCUCAGUAACCCAAGCCCCGAGUCUGAUCCUUAUUGGCGGCACGCAGAUACCAAUACCCACUAUAUAACUUCCCAACACAUUGCUUCCGCAUGCACGCUACCACCAAAACACCCUGUUCGUCAUGUCCUCGCUAAAGCGUCGGUGGAGGGAUAUCUUCGGCAACAAGAUUACAAAUUCUUUGAGGAGACCCAACUUUAUCCCUCCUUUGGGGCUGACUUGCUCGCAGAAGUGAGCAUGGCCCUCGGUGGCCUUAUAUCCAAUAGCAAUGUGGCUUUUGAGGAUCCUAUCAGUGGAGUCAGAGUGGAACUCAAUACACGGAAAUCAAUACAAUGGGGCACUGCUGAUAAUGGAAUGACAAGUUAA